AUGUCUACUCACGGAGUUCAGGCAAAAUUGUCGACUUACUCUUUGAGACAGGUUCACACCACUCCGGCGACAGCUCCAGUUGCUGGACGUGCCCCAAGAAGUUGUAACAACUGUACGUGCUCUCCUGGUUUGCUUACCAGACAGGGAAGAAUGGGCUCGUAUUACGCCAAGAGAUUAGCCAACAGAUCUAAAUCUGUUGCUUUGGGGUCUGCCUCAGGUGUUAGUAGAAAGACUUCGUCGGUCCUAACUGUGGAUUCCUCGUGUUCAGAAGGACUUAAGGAGAUAAAUACAAGCAGAAGGCUUCUAGAGCUGAGAAAGAAGAUGACAGAGUACGAUCUUGGUGUAUACAUUGUACCAUCAGAGGACUCACACCAAUCAGAAUACACAGGACUGGCAGACCAAAGAAGAGAAUUUAUCUCCGGAUUUACUGGAUCCGCUGGCGUAGCUAUUAUCACAAGAAAUGUACAGUGUAUGAAUGAUGACCCCGAAGGUACCUCUUACUUGGCUACUGACGGCAGGUAUUUUACCCAAGCUGCCAAUGAACUGGAUUUUAAUUGGAACUUGUUUAAACUCAAUAUCCCCGGAGAAAUAUCGUGGGAAGAAUUUACUGUACAGCUGGCCGUCAAGAUGGCUGAUGAGUCUGGGUUCAAUGUUAAGAUAGGAGUAGAUCCUCAGUUGAUAACUUACUCUGAGGCCCAUCUUCUGCAGGGUUUGGUUGACGACGUUGCUUCUGGCGAAAAAAAAGGGUUGGGGAUUCAAUUUGUCCCCGUUACAGAAAAUUUAAUAGAUGCUAUCUGGACUAAGUUUGAACCACGUCCAGUUAGGGCACUAAUGCCUAUUACGCUACUGGACGAAAAGUACUCGGGUUUGGAUACUAAAGAAAAGCUGGCCCAAGUUAAAGAAGCUCUUCUUGUCUUAAACGGACAAACGCUGGUGAUCAGCGCCCUUGAUGAUAUUGCUUGGUUACUCAACUUGCGAGGUUCUGAGUUUCGAUAUAGUCCACUGUUUUAUGCUCAUCUGAUAAUUCAUGACGAUCAAGUAUCUCUCUACACGGAUGAUCAUGAAAGGUUUGAAAACAUUUCGGAUUAUUUGAAGGAACGUUCUGUCACUUUGAGACCUUACGACAAGUUUUAUGAUGGCAUAAAAAGUCUACCAGCUAAUACAGUGCUAGUCACCAAGGAUUGUUCCUGGGAGGUGGCCCGCCAGGUAAUAUCGCCCCAUCGCGUAAGAGUAAUAGACUCUCCUGUGGCUAUUAUCAAGGCCAAAAAAAACGAAGUUGAACUAGCCAAUGCUCGUGAAGCUCACAUCAAGGAUGCCAUUGCUUUAGUUAAAUAUUAUGAAUGGCUAUGGCAAGAAGUGGGCAUCAAAGGUGAGUUAGUGGAUGAAUUAGAGGCUGCGCAAAAACUGGAGUUUUUCCAAAGUGAACAAGAUAAUUUUAUUGGCCAGUCGUUCCAAACAGUUAGUGCUUCUGGGUCCAACUCAGCAGUAGUUCAUUACACUCCAAAGAAAGAGGCAUGCGCGGUCAUUGAUCCUUCCAAAGUUUAUCUUUGCGACAGUGGGGCCCAAUAUCUAGAGGGUACCACAGAUGUUACUAGGACUUACCAUUUUUCAAAUCCAACGAACGAGCAAAAGCGCAACUACACCUUGGUCCUGAAAGGCCACAUAGCGUUGGCAAAGCUCAAGUUUCCUCCAGGCACUGCAGGCCUUGCCAUUGAUGCUAUCGCUCGUCAACAUCUUUGGACCAAUGGACUGGAUUACACCCACGGGACAGGCCAUGGUGUUGGCUCGUACCUCAAUGUCCACGAGGGGCCUGUGGCUAUUGGAGUCCGAGGAACGGUUCCCCUGGAAGCUGGUCAUUUAGUUACCAACGAACCCGGAGUUUACUUCCCAGGUGAUUACGGAGUGCGGCUCGAAAAUGUCAUGGAAGUCAAGGAGACUUCGGACAAGUUCUUAGAGCUAGUUCCAUUGACCCUAGUGCCAUUCUGUCGCCAACUGAUAGAUCGUAAACUUCUAACCAAGGAAGAAGUGGAUUGGGUCAACCACUAUCAUGCCAAAGUGUACCAGACAUUAGUGCCGCGUCUUGUGAGGCACUCGCCGCACGCAACUUGGCUCAAGCGCGCAACUUCGAGUCUCUAG